AAAACAAGAUAAUGUGACUGUACAUGUCACUGAUCACGUGAUCGAAUCAACACUCUCCCAAAAGCAAACAUCGUAAAUAUAUGUGACCCGGCCGGAAUUGCAUAGGAUAUAAAAAUGCAGAGAUACACAUUUCAGCUAUCAGUCGGCAAUAGGAUUUCAGAUAUGAUGGAGUCUCCUAAAGACAACAAACAGGUGAACGGAGAAAAAGAUACUCCUGUGAAAGAGACCCAGGUCAACGGCGACUUAGCAGAAAUCAAACGAGACCAUGUCAGAAGUAUCGCAGAAAAAAUUGAGCAGAAUAUUAAGGAACUGGACAAACAAAGCCUCGCAGAUAGGGAUCCGUUGUAUACCGCGGAGGAGGAAAAGAAAUUGCUGGAUAGAUAUACAAAUUUUUCUAAAGACAAAAAAGAGACGUAUUACAGGUUCUUUAAAACUGCAGACACUUACAAUUUAGGAUUUUUGACAAUUUAUCAGUUUGCAGAAGCUGUUCGGAAACGAGGAUUCAGCGGACAAGAUUCUGAAAUAGCGACCAUGUUCGUUGACCUUGAUGCCAACAUGGAUUGUGAAGUGACGUUGGAGGAAUACAUGAAUGAAAUGUCAAAGAAGGACGCCAAGGCCAGAACGGAAGCGGAAAUGCUAGAGAUAUUCCGAAGGUUUGACAGAAACAAAGAUGGCUUCAUCACGCGGGAAGAAUUACAAACGUCACUGGAAGAAUGCAGAAUGAGGCAACUCGAGAUUGAUAUGGACGAAAUUAUGAAAAAAGCUGAUCGUGAUGGCGACGGGAAGUUGUCGUAUGACGAUUUCAUCAAAGGUUGUCGGUUCAAAUCGAAAGAUUAGGAAAGAUCCCCAAUGCAGGGUGAACUGUACAAUCUUUUUGUCGUAAUCCGGAGCUUGGAAAGGAAUAAAACUGCCAAUCUAUGCAUUAUAUACGUAGGCAAUACACGUGGUGCAUUCUACGCAAUGCGGAAACAAUACAAAAUAUAUCCGGGUACUUUCUGUGGACAAUCACUCUGUCAAAUUUUGUUCAUGAUAUCGGUAUACAUGCAUAUAUAUGAGUCCCCUACUUAGUCAUGAAAUCUACAUGCUAUACUCAUCAUAAUUGUUGUAUUAUUAUACUUGCCAAAUAUCAAAAACUUGUUAAUACUGUGACGAGUGUACAUGCAUUAUCUAAUGACUAAUUACAACUGCAAUUAAAAUAUUACAUCAACAA